UAGGGCAAAGCAUUAACGAGACUUUUUGCGUACGGUUUCGUUCUCGAGUCUCGACCCUUCCGGUAGCUUCGUCUUCGUCGUCGUCACCGGGAAUUUUUUGAGCUGGCGGUUAAAUUCUUUGUAUCUGCGUAAUUAAUUGGUUCUGUAUCCGUAUUUGUGGUGUUUAAGAUGGGGAGGGAUGACGAUUUAAAAAGGAAUCGCCGAGAUCGUGACCGUAAGGAUUGUGAUAAGGAGACGCGGCGAGAGAAGGAGAGGCGUACGAGACCGUGUGAGAGAGUUAAUAGAAGUGAUUGUGAAAAGAGAGAAUAUGAUGAUGAGAGGGAGAAGAUGCGGAGACAGAGGGAUAGGAAGAUUAGUGAUUCUGAAGAAGAGACAGGGAGGGAUACACGCAGAGGGGAGGAGAAGGAUGAUAUCAAGCGUGACUUGAAACGUACAAGGAAAGAGAGUGAGAGAACUAGCAGGCAUGGGGGUGAAAAUGGUGAGAAGAAUUCUAUGGAAGAAGAAGAAGUUGAGGAUAAGAAGGUGGAGAAACGGAGGAGAAGACUCCAGGAGUGGCAACAGUUGCAGAGGAAACAUAAGGAAUCUCAAAUUGAAAGUAAGGGUCCAGAGACCAGAAAGGCUUGGACUCUUGAAGAAGAAUCUGAUGAUGAAGAUAAUAAAUCAGACUCAGAAGUGAAGAUGGUAGACUCGGAGAGUACUGUCUCCGAGAGUGGAGGUGCUGGACCUAAAGAUGAAGAGGAAAUUGAUCCUUUGGAUGCUUAUAUGAAUUUUAAGGUAUUACCUGAGGUUGAGAAGCUUAGAAGUAGUUCUCUAGAUUCUAACAAGGAUGUGAAAGAAAGUGGUGACCGGGCAAACAAAGGUUUUAAUAAGGCCCUCGGUAGGAUAAUUCAAGGUGAAGAUUCUGAUUCUGAUUAUGAUUAUUCAGAACCAAUGAAUCAUCAUAAUGAUCCAAGUUUAGAC